AGGUGUGCUGUGCUGUGAUUGGCUGGUGACCAGUCCAGGGUGCACCCCGUCUCUCACCCAAAGUCAGCUGGGAUAGGCUUCAGCUCACACGUGACCCUAAUGAGGACAAGCGGUAUAGAAAAUGGAUUUGGAAGAAAGUUUACAAAAAGGAAAGCUGAAAUUGUUGGAAAAUUUACACAAAAAACCCAUCAGAAAUGGAAAAAAACAGCUGUAAUUUUGGGAGAAUGAAGUCAAAAUAUUAACAGAAAAAAAUUGGAUUCUAACAAGAAAAAAACCUCUCAAUUUUACGAGAGUAAUAUUGUUACAAGAGUAAUAAUACGUGGAAAGAGUCAUUUUAGUAGCAAGUAGUAGGGAAUGGGUGGGGUAGGGGGUGCAUGCCAUUGUCUAAUUUUCACACUUGCCCAUGAUGUAAAACUCCAGCCAGAGUGGAGAUUUUCAAAAACUCAGACUGAGUGUUUGGUUUGUGUCGUAAGAAAUGUGCGACAUUGAUGUUUUUUAAACUUUAUUUAACAAGAAAACGACAUAAGUUAUUGACUUGCGGAUGUUUCCUGGGCUCCAUGUAAGCGUGCGCUGAUUUUAAAGAUAAUCCACACGUCAUGGUACAUCUAGUAUCUCCCUAUGUUGAUGAACGUUAUGUUGCACGACCAGUGAGGUGUGUUAAAGAAGCAGAGUUACAAUGCCAUCUACCAUCAAGUUACACAGACAGUCCCAUUAUAACGUGUAACGUAUAACGUGUUUGUGAGCAAGGACUUUUUUUUUUUAAAGAAUCCAUCUGUGGUGGUCCCAAUUUAUUUGUGACAGCCCGACUGAAUGCAUGGGAAACACUGAAUAAGUCACUGUCACUCAAGUAGUGUUGUGGUUGAAAAGCAGUUGUCUUAUCAGCCACACUCUUGCUGCAAAGUCACAUUUUAGACAAUCAUUGAUGCAAAACUGUUGAAUUCACUUUCACCUUUGUUACGGCAUUUCAUCCCGAGCCCGGUAGUUAACUAUACUUGUACCAGGCAGCUUGGAAGAGUUGUGAAAUGUUCCAGGCGUAAAAAAACCAAUAACAAAAAAAAACGCUGACACAAGCUUCCUGUCACAUGAUGGAGGAGGGGGAAUGACUUUAAGCGCGUGGAGAAAGCAGGGAGCAGUAACACGGAGGUAGGGUUGUCUUAUUUGACAGAAAUAUUAUAAUAAACUGAGAUUUAUCAUACUUCAGAUGGCUUUUAAAGCCUUUACACAAACGCAUGUGUAUGAGAGGCGAGCAGGCCUCAAGGAGAAAGGAAAAUCCAGCAUCCAGUGCCUGGAAUGCUUCGGGCAAAAUAUGUACAUCGGGACGAGGGAUGCUACAGUGCGGCACCUGCUUCUUCCGGCACGUAGCGACACAAGACCGCCUAGAGAGGGUAGGGUGAGGAAGUUGGGUUCCAGCAGCCCUGUAGUUCAAAUAAGGGCCAUCCCGCUUCUCAACCACCUGCUGAUCCUGUGGGAUGGCAGCAUCACGGCGCUCAACAUGUUCUCCCUGGAGCCCGUCCAGGCCUGGAGGAGGGUCCAACAUGUGUCUGCCUUUGAGGUGUGUGACUCUUCACUCAUAUCUCAGCCCCCGCGUGUGCAGGUGGCGGUCUCCUCCAGCCGCAAGAGGCCCAUCCGCAUCCUGGCGGUCGGUGUGGACGGGUGGGACGUCGUCAAGGAGGUCCCCCUGUUCCAGGAAGUGGUGGCCAUGGCGGUGGAUGGUGGGUGUUUGUGUGUGGCCACGAGUGACAAGUACCUCCUGUGCAAUAUGGCCACCGGGGGCACCGAGGAGCUUUUUCCACACAAUCACAGCCGGCAGGGAGCCAUUGUUGCCUCGAUAGGAUGCGGGGAAUUUCUCCUGAACGGGCCUGGAUCUUUAGGAAUGUUUGUGAUGAAGACAGGAGUAUGCCAGCGGCCUCCACUGCAGUGGCCCGAGGAAGUGCUGGCAGUGGCGGUGUGUUUCCCUUACAUCCUGAGCCUUCAACCUCGAGCGCUGUGCAUCUACAGCGCCUUGGAUCAGCAGCUCAAACAGACUCUUGUGAGUCUCAGCGGAGCACAGGCCCUGCACGCCACCGCAGAUGGCGCACUGGUGUGCACCGACAGGGACAUCUUCAUACUGCACUUGGUGCCCUUAGAAGAACAGAUACAGUCGCUGGUGGGACAGGAGAGGGUGGAGGAGGCCUUGACGCUGCUCAAUGGGCUGCAGAGCUUUCGUCCAUGUGACUCACACAAGGAGCUGCAUAAGGCCGUCACGUGCCGGGCCGGAUUUGUUCAUUUUUACCAGGAGGACUUCUCUGAGGCUGCUGAUCUGUUCAUCAAGGGUGAGCUGGACCCCCGAGAGGUCAUCCGUCUGUAUCCCAACAUGGAGUCUUGCCUCGGCGAGGACUUUGAAUGCGUGCACGGCCACCAAGACAAGGCCAGGUGUCUUCAUGCGUUGUGGUGUGGUGACACAAACAUGUUUCAUCGCUACCGAGCCUUCCUGGGAGACUUUCUCAGUGCAGUAAGAGGGACAGAGCACGGGCUGCUAUGCGGAAAAGAGGUGGAUUGCGCCCUCUUGAGGUUGUACGUUGAACAGGAGGACACUGAGCGCUUGGAGCGUCUUAUGGCAUCCCCCAAUGCAUGCAGCUUGGCUCACUGUGUGCCACUUCUGGAGCAAAACAGCAGAUAUUUUGCUUUAGGCUUACUCUAUUUAAGCCAUGGACUGCAAAUGGAUGCAAUAAAGACAUGGGUACAGAUAGCAGACGGGGUCCUCAAAGACCCAUCGCACUCGGCUCCAGACGUCUAUGGACAGAUCGUGCGUAGCCUCAGCCAGAUGAAGGACAAAGAUACCGUAUGGACGUUUGCAGACUGGGCCUUGCAAAGAAACCAGGAGAUAGGUGUUCAGGUAUUCACCCAAUGCCCUCAGGAGGACUGUUUAGAGACACAGCAUGUCCUCACUCUCCUGAGGACGUACCCUCUGGCACUGGUCUUGUAUCUGGAGUUCCUAAUUGAGCACUUGAAGGAGCGGCGCCAUCACACUUCCCUGGCUAUGGCCUACGUGACGCUCAUACUGCAGCAGGGAGAGGAAAUGAAGUCAUUCCGAGAGGACACCAGGGGAAAGUUGCAGAGGCUGCUGUGGGAUUCUGACUUUGUAGAUGUCACGGCUGUAUACGAAAGAGUCAAAACCACAACAUUGCAUUUGGAGAAAGCCAUUCUCCUGGGGAGAACCGGUGAACACCUCCAGGCCUUGCAGCUUCUUGUCCACCACACGGGAGACCCCCAGCUAGCCGAGGCCUACUGCCACCAGGCCGCACAGGUCCAGGACUCUCAGUCCAGGAAGGCCUUGCUUAUCAACCUGCUUCAAAUCUACCUGAGCUCUGAGGAACUCACCAACGCCGCUGUGGAUCUCCUCAACAACAACCCUCAGGCCUUGGCGGCGGAGAUUCUCCAUUUCCUGCCAGAAUCCUGGUCCGUCGGACUCGUCUCCCGGUUCCUCAUUGGAUCCCUCAGGGAGACGUUCCACCGGGGGAGGAUGGUGAAGGUGCAAAAAGCUUUGGCCCAGGCAGAGCUGUUGAGGCACAAAGUCACAUGGAUGCAGGCGUCAAGAACAAAGUUCAGCGUGGUCAAGGGGCAGGUGUGUGUCAUUUGCCAAACGGACCUAGCACAGUCACGCUUUGCCGUGAACCUUUAUGGUGAGCCUAUGCACAGCAGCUGCAUUUAAAGAUGCAUUUUAAGUAGCAUUUCUGUGGACUGAAGCAUUUUAGGGCGUUUCCUGGGGAUUUUAUUGCACGGCGGACCAGAUCAAAUGCUCGCCUGUAAGGCCCAUGAUCCACAGGUUGUCCACGCCGGAUCUAAAGCAUGACAGGGAGUCACUCACCAAGCUCAGGCGCAUGCAUAGUGUAAAUAAAGGGUUUCAAAAUGCCAAAAAAAAGCAAACAUUGCACUUUUCUUAAAGGGCGUCACAUUUGUGCACAUUCUAGUGACCUCAUUUUUGGCCAUAAAGUGCAACGUAAAGGAUGCUGGAGGGUGUACAGUCAUCAAUUAGACAGUGGCAUUCAACCACCGGUGGUCAAACUGAAGACCAAAGCACCAUUACUGUGGCACAUCAUAGGUUUCCACCACUGCACCUUGUUUACUCACUGUGUGCAUUAAUGUGCAUUUAUGGCAAAAAGGGACAUCACAAUUACAGGUUUUAAAAAAGGAGAGUAAUGUAAACAGGCUGCAGAGCUAAUUUUAUGAGCUAGCAAAUUGUAUGUCUUGUACGCACGGGAAGUGAAGUCAGUCAGCUUUUUAACAGUGGUUCUCCCGGUUUCUCCGAAAUGUUAGUGAAGACACAUAUCAUUAAGUUAGACAACACUGGACCUGGGAUAUAUUUGUCUAUUUCUGUCAUCAAUGAGUCCUCAACCCAUCCUGGAGCCAAGCUUGUAGUUACGCUGAUGGCAGCCGGACUUUCUAACUACAUUGAUACCGAUGCCGGGCUCUGUAGCUCAGAGCUAGUGGCAAAAUUCAGCAUAGACAAUUAGUGAAUUAUGACAGAGCCUGAGGACUUUGCUCUUUCUUCCCUAUUGAGGCCGCGUGGCAGCGCUCCAUUGUUGUCACUGAGUCAGAGGGAGGGUUCCCUAAAAGGCCUUUAGGCUCCAAUAAAACUACACUUUGACUGGUGGCUUUCUCCUUCUGGCAUGUGUCAUGGGAAUAAUAACAUUAUCUCUUUAUGUAUUUUGUGCAUCCAGCCAAUUUUAAAAUCCAUCUUUUGAUAAUGCUAGAAAGGGAAGAACUAUUUUUAAAUUAUAUUUAAUUAUGGAACAUUAUAUUACAAUGUCAUAUUACCAUAUUGACCGGACUAUUAGACAAUCCCUUUUUUUCAAGUCCUGUUUUUGGGGAAAAAAACAUGUUUUAAGACAAAAUCAAGGAGGCAAAAAAAGACUAAAUCUUUUUUUUUAAUCAUAUUUUUAAUAUCAGUCAAAUCACUGAUGUGUGUGAGUGACAGCAAGAAAGGCUCUAACUCGCCUGGGGAGAAGGUGCUUGGCGCUUGUUGGUUUGCACGUAUAAAACUCUAGAACCCGAAUGUAAGACGACAGGUCUUUUUCAGACUUUUUUCUAGGGAAAAAAUAAGUACAUGCAGUCUUAUAUUUGGAUCAAUACGGUAUAUUAUAUUAUAUCACACUACUAUAAAAACAGCGCUUGUUUUUUUCUUUCAGAUUUAGCGCUACCUGUUCGCCUUUACUCUAUGCCGCUUAUUCUCACCAGGGUCAUUCCUAACCCACAUCAUGUGACUUUUCAACACAAAAGCGGGGGAGUGGUAAAAACACAUCCAGGACUAACCGUAUUCACUUAUUAUGUAUUAUUAUUAUUUAUUAUGUACUACCGAAAUUGAAGUGAUCUGUAUUUGACAGAUUUAUUUAUUCUUACUCUAACUACUCUAACUCUCUUAACUCUUAAUUUUAAAGUGAUUACCUUUAUUAGGACGCUUUUGCAGAGCUGCUGGAAACGUGAAUUUCUCUUGGAGAUAUAGUAUCUAUCUAUCCAUCCAUCCAUCUACCUAUAAGCUCAAUGUGGGCUCACUAUUUGGCAAGCAAGUGGAAGUCAUUCUAAAGUGUUAACAAGCUUAUUAAUAGCAACUGCAUAAGCAACUGGUGUCCCAAUACUUUUGAUCAUCUGGUGUAUGUUCCCAAGCAGUGGCGAGCCAUCAUUUUCACCUUCAAAUGAACUUUGCUGUUGCUGCUUUCUUCACAUGAAAGGCAUCCAAUGUUCACAGAAUAAGAUGGUGACUUGACACGUGAGGUGGCAGUGGAUUCAGUUCUGUCCAAACCUAUAAAUAUCCCACAGCGCAAGAACAUUUCCGUUGUGUGCUUUUCUAAAUUUAAAAGAAAUAUGUCUGGGCUGUGGCCUAUAACUGUUUACAUCUUGUAGACAAAAAAUGUAUUUGAUAUCUUGGAAACCUCAACGCUUUUUAAAUGGUUCAAAAGCGAUUGUUUAUCACCUUUGAUGCUGAAUAAUUAUACCUUUCAGUAGUUUAUGUUUUUUUUAUUGCCAUAUUGGUACUUAAUUACAAAGGAACCAGCAGGGCUAUUGCCAUAGAAAAUGCCAAAAUAGAAUCUAUUCAUUUGGAUUGAAGGGAAGGAACAUUGUUGUUAGUUUGUCCAAAAAUAUUACAUGGGCCUUUUUGAAGAAAAAUACUUGAAAUGGCAAUGAUCAGCCACAAUCUCCAUUCUUUUUUCUGAAAACACAAAUACAGUGGAACCUUGGUUAGCGUCGUUAAUUUGUUCCAGAAGGUCCCACUCUAACAGAAAUACCUGAAGACCUUUUUCCCAUAAGAAAUAAUGUAAAUCCAAUUAAUCCACUCCAGAAAGCCAAAAAUGUUAACAUAUUAGUAUAUAGUUUUACAAUUAUAGUUUUACAUGCAGUAAACAAUUCCAUACGCAUAUAAAAAUGCAUACAAAUGAUGAAUGAACAUGGACAUUUCAGGGUACUUUUACUUUCAUUAAAAACGUGACUCUUGAUUUGACUCUUCCACUUGAGUGUGGAAAAUAAUGGAAUAAUGGAAUAUUUUGGUAGUUUGAGCAUAGAAAACCUGUUUACAACAUUAUUAGAGCCCUCCAGACAUGAAAUAACACCCCUAUAGUAUUACCCAUAAUAAAUGAUUUUGCUCCCAUUUUUCAUGAGCUGAACUCAAAGAUUUAAAAGUUUUCGUAUGUAUCCAAAAGGCCUAUCUCUCUCAAUUAUUGUUCACAAAUAUGUCUAAAUUUGUGUUAGUGAACAUUCAUGAUUCAUGAUUCAUAAUCUAUCCACCUCACAUGUGACAUAUCAAGAUGCUGAAAAAACAGCAUGAUUUUAUGAUUAUGAUUAUGAUUGUGACCAGCAUCCGGGCGAGGGAAAAGUAAGUCCAUUUAUCUUGCUCAUCAUUAGGUUCUAUUUGAGCUACGCUUUUUCUGAUGCCUCACCUAGGAAGUGUUUGUCAUGGGUAGCACUACCAGGGGCACAAUAGCCCCCGACAACGUAGCUCCUAGGAUCAUCGGGACACGCAAACUCCUCCACCACGAUAAGGUGGUUGCCCAGAGAGGAGAUCAUUUGUCAUUUUAGUUUUUAAUAUCCCAUUAGUGGCAAAUCACUAAUGUUGCAUUUAUAUUAAACAAACUUUUUUUUAGCUAUUUAUUUGCUCCACACACAGCCUGAGGACGCCUGUUGCAGGUACCUCCAUGAAAGAUGCCCGCUGGGGUUGAGGAGGGGAAAAACAUGACCACACAGUCCCUCUCUGUGCACCACAGUUCCAUCUAAAGCCACAAAUUACCGUACGGCGUUCCCUCGUGACGCAUUUUCUAGUCGCUUAGCGGUUGCUGAGAGACAAGGAGGAUCUCGAUUUGACGACCCUUUGGCAGCAAUAAUGGUUAGGUAGCAGAAACCCUUGAAUGAUUUUCACAUCGCCCGCAAAAACAAAUUCUAUAGAUACAGUGGCGUCAGUAUGGGAAGAAAUAGCCAAAGAGGAUGAUCAAACACAUCUUUUUAUAACUCUCAACAUAGGCUACUUCCUAUGAGGGGUUUGGCAGCAUGCCCAUGGGAGAGUGUUGGGUGUCCCACUCGAGGCGCCCAGGGACCCAGUCCGAAACCACAUGAGACUUCCAUUCUGGUCUUGUGCAUGUAUGCAUGCAGAUGUGGGCCCCACACAUUAGCUUGAUACUAUUAUGUAUCCUCACAGUACAGGUAUAACACGGGGCACUGUAAAAUACAGCUGUAAUAGAUCACACCAUGUUUGGAUGCCAUUACUUUUAUCUCUGGUUAUCUGGUUAAAAUUAUUUGUUUUCAUUUAGUACUGUAAAUUAUAUUUUUCAGGUAAAGUGGUUGUGACGCCAUAAAUACUAUUCCUAAACAAAUUAAGUAGUAUUAGUUUAAUGAACUGUGCCCUGUGCACAACUAAUAAGCACAAUUUUAUAUGAUAAAUUUUGCUCUGAGGUCUUUCUGGCACACUUGAACGUGUUUAUACCACUUCUUAUUUCGCUAAUAGGCCCAAAAAAAGGUCCAGCUGAGGUCACUCACCUGCUUUUUGACAAUACAGGCUUCUCAUGGUCCAGUCUAUCACCCGGAACCAAUGACGUUCUGGGAAUGGAACCAAGCAGAACUGCUGACUAAGUCAAAAGUUGGAAUGGGGGGGCAAAUGAGUGGCAACUCAACACUAAUACUAAGUGUUUCAUUUUGUGUGUGUGUGUGUGUGUGUG